AUGAAUUGGCAUCUAUUAAUUUAGUAUCUGCCGGCUAUGCUGCGAAGACUGAUAUGCCAAUAAAUACUGGGUUCGGAUCUGGGUCUAGCAUCUUGAUGCCAUCAGCCGGGUUGGACGAUAGAUCGAAAAAUCACAAAACAUGACGGAAUGUGUUCCUGUACCAAGCUCUGAACACGUUGCCGAAAUUGUUGGUCGACAAGGAUGCAAAAUUAAAGCACUGAGAGCAAAAACAAAUACUUAUAUCAAGACCCCAGUUCGGGGAGAAGAACCUGUAUUUGUGGUAACAGGACGCAAGGAGGAUGUGAACAAGGCUAAACGUGAAAUACUCUCAGCAGCGGAUCAUUUUAGUUUAAUUCGGGCGUCGCGCAAGCCCUCGAUGGAAGGUUCAAAUAGUAGCAGCACCGCUCUAUCGGAAAAUAGUACAACGUGUUUAUCCAUAAAUAGUUGCAUCGGUAUUGUUGCUCGCACAACCCAGGCGGGUCCACCAUGUUUACCAGGCCAGAUUACCAUACAGGUUCGCGUACCAUAUAGAGUGGUUGGCUUGGUGGUUGGACCUAAAGGUGCAACCAUCAAGCAUAUACAACAGGAGACACAAACCUAUAUUGUCACGCCGUCAAGGGAAAAAGAGCCGAUAUUUGAGGUAACCGGACUGCCCGAGAAUGUCGAAACGGCACGCAAGCAAAUUGAGGCGCACAUUGCAUUAAGGACGGGUAAUAACAGUACGCAGGGCAGUGAAAAUGGUACUGAAUCAACAGACUCGUCGACUGACUAUACAUCAACUCUGAAUACUAUUAAUACCAUGUCGCAAAUAUUGAACGAUGACAUUAACGCGGAUAUACUAUCUUCUAUGUAUGCGAUUGAUUCAGAUGCAAUGUCGUGUAAUUUCACUUCUGCCGAUAACACACAAAACAUUUCGAAUUUAGUUACAACUUCAACAAUUACAAGUUUGUCAAAUUGCUUUGAAAGUGUUGAACUAGGGACAUUGCUAAUGCUGUAAAUACGUCAAUUUUGCCACCUUCGUCAACUGUU